CGCGGUGCCUCUCGUCUGCGGCUUCCUCUUGGCAACAGCUUUAGGCCAAAUGAAUUUCACAGGAGACCAGGUUCUUCGAGUCCUGGCCAAAGACGAGAAGGAGCUUUCGCUUCUUAGGGAUCUGGAGGGCCUGAAACCCCAAAAGGUGGACUUCUGGCGUGUCCCAGCCAGACCCAGCCUGCCCGUGGACAUGAGGGUUCCCUUUUCUGAACUGAAGGACAUCAAAGCUUACCUGGAGUCUCACGGCCUUGCCUAUGACAUCAUGAUAGAGGACAUCCAGGUUCUGCUGGAUGAGGAGAGAGAGGCCAUGGCAAAGUCCCGCCGGCUGGAGCGCAGCACGAGCAGCUUCAGUUACUCCUCUUACCACACCCUGGAGGAGAUAUAUAGCUGGAUCGACAACUUUGUCACUGAGCAUUCAGACAUCAUCUCAAAGAUUCACAUUGGCAACAGUUUUGAAAAUCGCUCCAUUCUUCUGCUGAAGUUCAGCACGGGAGGUUCUCGGCGCCCGGCCAUCUGGAUUGACACAGGAAUCCACUCCCGGGAGUGGAUCACCCACGCCACAGGCAUCUGGACUGCCAAGAAGAUUGUCAGUGAAUACAGAAGAGAAGGUGUGCUGAUGGAGAUUCUGAAUGCCAUGGACAUCUUCAUAGAGCUUGUCGCCAACCCUGAUGGGUUUGCUUUUACCCACAGCAUGAACCGCUUGUGGCGGAAGAACAAGUCCACCAGACCUGGCGUCUUCUGCAUUGGUGUGGAUCUCAACAGGAACUGGAAUUCAGGCUUUGGAGGAAAUGGUUCUAACAGCAACCCCUGCUCAGAGACUUACCACGGGCCGUUUCCUCAGUCGGAGCCGGAGGUGGCUGCCACUGCCAACUUCAUCACAAGCCACGGGAACUUCAAGGCCUUGAUCUCCAUCCACAGCUACUCGCAGAUGCUCAUGUACCCUUACGGCCACACUCUGAAACCUGCUGCAAACCAGGAGGAGUUGUUCGAGCUUGCCGAGGGCGCAGUGAAGGCCCUGCAUGAAGUCCACGGCAUCGAGUACAUGUUUGGCAGCAUCAGCGCCACACUGUAUGUGGCCAGUGGAAUCACCGUGGACUGGGCUUACGACAGAGGCAUCAAGUACGCCUUCAGCUUUGAGCUGCGUGACACCGGGCGCUACGGCUUCCUGCUGCCGGCCAAUCAGAUCAUCCCCACGGCCCAGGAGACGUGGCUGGCGCUCCUCACCAUCAUGGAGCACACCUGGGCCCACCCCUACUAGCACCCUACCCAGCCCUGAGCAGGAGGG